CCCGUCUGUGUUGCUAUGGUUAUAUCAACACGACCGGAUCUUAGUUUGCUAAAGUUUGGUGUUUGUUGCUCUCGCUAAAACGCAUAUUAACGCAUCUGAAACGAAAUAAAUGCCAAUUUUUUUCGGUGUAGUGAAACCAGUUUGUAGCUGUUAAUGUGUUUAAGUUUUUGCCGUUUUUUGGACGCUUAAGUCGCAAAAGUUUGGCGGCAGGUUUUGUCGGGUAACUUUAUUCAACUCAACGUUUCGUUACUAUGGAUGUCGGAGAUACGCUGAAAGAGCUCAACAUGACAGUGGAUGAAAUGGACAAAUUUACAAAAGCUUUCAAAGACGACAAAUUCAGGGAAAUGUUGCGAGAUUACGCCCAAGAAAUUUCAGACCCGGAGAACAGGAAGAGGUAUGAAGAGGAGAUCAAACUUUUGGAGCAGGAGAGAGGAAACAGCAUCGAGUUUAUCCACCCGCAACCAUUUAGGGCGUUUAAAACAAGCGUGGAUGGCAAACAGAAAUGCUUUAUCAAUAUAUGUGCCAGUGAAAAAGUUGGGAAGCCUGAAUCUAAGUGUGUUGUGUCAGAGGAUGGCCGCAGAGGACAGCGUUGGUCCCUGCCUCACAGCCUGCCACCUGGGAGGCCAGAUACAGACCACAAAGGUAACAAAAUCAUGAUUUAUGACGUUGUUUUCCACCCUGACACUCUCCACAUAGCAAGCAAAAACAAAAGAUUUAUGGAUAUGGUGGAGGGCACAGCUAUUCAGGGAAUCCAGGAUGCUUUUAAAGUGACUCUGGACAAAAACAAUGUGAAAGAGAUGAGAACAAAAUAUAAAGGCACCCCACAGCCUUGUGUGAUUCGAAAACCAAUACCUGGAUACAAAGCCAAGGAGCAAUCAGAGCAGCCUGACCUCCUUGCCUUCCCAUACCCAGAUGAAAAAAGACCUGCCACACUUACCCAAGCAAAGACUACAGAGUUGCCUCCAAUGAAAAACAGCAGUGCUGAACCUAAAAGCUUCCAGAUCCAGCCUCAGAAAACCAAAGAAUCAACCAAGCCAAAAUACACAGUAAAAUAUCGAUCUGUCAUCGACCUACAGGACUUCAGAUACUCUAGAGACUCAGCCCAAAGCCCCAGGCCCAAAGAGAUUGUGGUUACUAUUGAUAUGCCACUCCUGAAGUCGGUCGGUGACACCAGCCUUGAAGUGAAGGAGAAAACCCUGCUGCUGGAGUCCAAGACACCAGCCUACAGACUGGAGCUGCCCUUAGCCUAUUCUGUGGAUGAAGACAAAGGAGAGGCCAAGUUUAACAAACAGAGGGGGCAGCUUACCGUCACACUGCCUGUUCUUCCUCCUAAAGUGGAUUUUGAUUAUUUGGCAGGUCCUGCUAUGACCGACGGUGAUUUUCAGAGUGUAAGUGACGAUGAGAGCCAGAAGGACAGUGAGGUUGAAGGUGAUAAAAAGGAGCAGGAGAAGCAUUGUGUUGAGAAGGGACAGGAGGAAAAACAGAUCCAAGAACAGGGGACAAUGGUAGAGGAAGCUGAAGAAGAGGAAGAAAAAGGCCAAGAGAAAGGAGAAGAGCAGAUGAGGGAGGAUGGAAAAAAUGAGGAAGGAGAGGAAACUGGUGCAGAGGAGGAAACAUGGAAGGAGCUGGAAAGAAAAAGUCUGGAAAGUGUGGAGGAGGAAAAAGGAGUUGAGGUUCAAAAAAGUGGAGAGCAGGAGCAGAUAAAUAAAGAAAUUGAACGAUUGACAAGGCAGGACAAGCAAAAUGAAGAUAUAGAGUUAAGUAAAUGUGACAAAUUAAGGGAACACGGAUGCAAUACAUCAACAGAGAAAAGAAAAUCUGAUUUAAGAGGUUUCCAGUGUGAUAUAGGCAUUUCUGAUGAAGAAGAAAACUCAGUGGCUGCUGAUAGCAGAGAUGUGGCUUCAUCUGAAACUGAAAAACAGCACAUUUCUAUUUCUGCUGGACACUCUUGUGGCAUGAAAGAGAGGGGCGAAGGAAAUUUGACCUCUAGUUUGGACUCAGCACCCAAAAUAAAGACUUCAGAUAUCCAAGAGGAGAGUGAGAAGACAAAAGAAACUGUACAAGGAAAUAUGCAGGUGGGAACAGAUGAGGAAUCCAAGACUUUGAUUGUGGCUUCUUUAGCCCCACCUAUGACAACCACCAUUAGUCAGAACAAUGUGGAGGACAGCUGCAUUUCUGUAAAGUCCAGCAAGAUCCCUGAAGCAGAUGAAGCAACGAAGUCAAGCAGAGGAGAUACAGGCAAACAGUUCACACUUUGCUCUGAGGAAGUAGCUGCACACUCGGUAAAGCAGCAGGAUGUGAAGGAGGAAAUAGACAUCGAUGACCUGCCAACAGAGCAAAUCUUCCAAACCUCAGAGCAUGACAAGAAGCCACCAGCCGUGUUACUGGGGGAAAUUGAUACAGAUGGAAAUGAGACAGUCAUCAGUGAUCAUUCCACAUCUACUGGCUUCAUCUUCCAAAACACCCUCUUGUAUGAGCUGGACUGAUGGAUGGAGUAAGACUUGAGAGAAAAGAACAAGUUGUCUUGUUUUACAGGAAUUAUAAAUGCUGUUAAAGUUCUCACCUUCCUCUCCAGUCACUUAAUUGAAAUGACAAAAAUGACACCAAAUCAUUUCAAAAACCCAGAAUAAACUACUG